CCGCACCCCAUCGUAGAGUCCGUGCAGGUCACCCUGGCAGAAUGUCCUUCUUCUCUGGCUCCUCCGUCAGUAGUUUUUAUCUGAGAAAAAUCAAACGUGCUCGUGCAGCUCAAGAGGAAAAGAUCUAUGACGACCUCAGCAUACCGGGGAGCUGGUAUCCUCCUCCACCAUGUUAUCUCACGAAGCUGCCGAAUGAUAUUCUCGUGGACCAAGUGUUCAGCUACUUGGAGGUCAUUGAUAUCAUCCGUUUGCGGCAGGUCUGCAAAUUAUUUUAUGACCUUACACAUCACGCCGUUCUGUGGAAAAGGCUCUUACGAUGGGCCGGCGUCCCAGUCCCUCCUUUACCGCCCACCUCCCGCCACACGAUCCCUCAUAUGAGCGGCAUUGAAGUCGAGCGGCUGCUUCUUCGUGCAACAUCUCUCGACCGGGUCUGGAACUCCACGGAGCAGAUGCCCGCCAAUGUUUACGACUUCAACGCUCAUCAUCAAAUUCACUCAAUGUUCAUUCUCCCCGGUGGACGCUACCUCAUCGCAUCUACAUCUGACAAGGCUGAGAGCAGGUGGUCUAUCGUCAUCUACAUGAUGGACCACCGCGUCAAUGAGGUUGUUGCGCUCGCAAAAACCUUCGUGAAUACGAAAGCAAUCCACAUCAACGCGCGCUACAUGACCAUCGGCGGCGUCCGGUCCAUUGUCAUCGCGUACGUCCGCCGCGAAUUCCUGCGCCACAGGCACAGAAAGCAAGGUGCCACACCAAUCGACGUCUCCCAAUACAGCGGCGACCACGAGAUCCUGGACCCCGAAUUCCCGCUGAAGUAUGAAUGCAAUGUCGUUUCCAUCUCUCUCGAGCAGCUGGAAAUACUUGGCGACCCUCGCGUCACAGCUGGCUCGCCUGAAUUUAUUAAGCAUGCACUUUCCCAGGAGUCGCCUUUCCGACUGCUAACGCAGAUCCGGAGCGAGAGUAUCUUGGCUCACCCCGCGCUCGAUGUAAUCUUCGGCUCACCGUACCUCGCUUUGAUGAAGCAACCGGAUAUGAUUAUGUUCAAGAACUUGGAUGGGGGUCAAGCGUCGACGCUGAUCAUGCCGACCCACCAGAUUUUCUCUGAGCGUCAUGAAAUACGGACGAUGGCUAUCCGACUAAACCCGUUACAGGGAUCUGUCGUGGUUCUCCGCCGCAUGAUUACACCUCAUCCUCAAUACCAUCCCCUUACUCACAAGCAGGUGUUCCCCCAGUUCGCCGAACAAUACCAUGUUAUCCCUUCUCAAGACGAGCCUGUGAAGGCAGAACGGGGCGCGUUUGAGAGCGUGGUGAUUAGCGAUGACGCUGACGUUGUAGACGUGUAUAUGACGGACCACGGAAUGCGAACGUCGGAUGAUGAGUCCGCCAUUUCGACUCUUUACAGCGCUGAGGAGGCAAAGGUCCCCCGUCCUAUCGUCAUCUACUGGAAGCUUCGCGACGGUGCAAUGCUCAAAGGCACCAUGUUUCCGCGGCGCACUGUCCUUCAACUUCCACCGACACCUCCUGGCUCGCAGGGGCCUGUCCACAAUCUGGUCUCCUAUAGCUAUCAUGUCGACGAAAUCGACGGGGUGCGCGCAUUCUUCCCUGGCGACGACCUCCGAUACCAGCCGCUUGUCGGCACGAUGCGCGGAAUUCUGUACAAGGUGCCAAAGGACGACAUAACGGACACUCCGCCGGUUGUCACUAUAGCGCGACACAUUGAUCCGGAGGCUUAUGAUCAGCACAUGUCGCAGACGACUACCGACGAAGACAUGGAACUUAUCCUUGCUGAAAUUGAACUGCCAACACAAGUCGACCGAGCGUCGAUCGCUGCAAUGGCAUGGGACGAGACGAUCGGGAGGCUGGUCAUUGCGCAGACAAAAUUCUUCUGGGUGACUGUGCUCGAUUUCGCGGCUGCGCCGAAAGCCGACAAAGACGGAAGCAGACUACCGUUUGCGCCGUCGAUCAACAACGAUCCCAGUGAAGUGUUGGCGCCAUUGCCCGAUUCUAUCCUUCCUCCACGUUCAGCUCUGAACGAAUACGACGAGAGCGAAAAAUGGCAGGGUUACAACAAGGACUUCGUUUAUAGGGACUACAAGGACAUCGGUGGAUUGCUGCAACGCGCCAAAGACUGGGCAAAAGAGGACGCUGAUAACCAGGAGCCCCAUGCAGUUCCGGAGGAUGGGCCAUCACAGGAUGUCAUGGACGAUAUUCGCGACGAUGAUUCAGUCCAGGGCGCUAGGGACAACGAUUCGGUUCAGGGCGUCAGGGACAAUGAAAAUAUGGCAACGCACGUAGAUUCUCGCAACGGCGAACACGAACAAGACAUCCGCGACGACGAGUCGAUUCUCUCCUACGUAUAACGCUCACUCGCAGACUACAUAUAGACAACUCUUUCCCUUUGUUUACAUUAUUACGUUGGUCGCAGAACUAUUGUUGUUAAUUUGUAAUAAUUGAUCUCUUCGUUUCUUACUCUCACU